UUUUCCCCUGCUUGGCGGCAAUCAGAACAGCUCCCUGGUAGGUGCAGGCAGGCCUGCCCGGAACUCCAUGCACUGCUGUGGACACGACUAGAAUCAACGAUGAUUCUUCUUGCUGUUCUUUUCCUUUGCUUCAUUUCCUCAUACUCUGCAUCAGUUAAAGGACACACUACUGGACUCUCUCUGAACAAUGACAGGCUGUAUAAACUCACAUACUCCACCGAAGUGAUUGUUAACCAGGUUGGAGAAUCACUCCAGGAUGGUGCAGGCUACAAACUUUCUUCCAAUGUGGAUGUUGUACUAGUAUGGAGGAAUCCAGAUGGCGAUGAUGAUCAGCUGAUUAAAGUCACGAUAAAAGAUGUUAAUGUUGAAAAUGCAAAUCAAAGGGAAGGAGAAAAGAACAUCUUCAAGGGGAAAAAAGUCUCUCAAAUCAUAGGAAAAGAUAAUUUGGCAGCUUUGCAGACGCCAGUGCUUCUCCAUUUGACACGAGGAAAGGUUACAAACUACUACUCAUAUCCAAGUGAACCAGUUGGUGUUCAAAAUCUCAAGAGAGGACUGGCCAGCCUGUUUCAGAUGCAGUUAACCUCUGGAACCACCAACGAGGUGGACAUUUCUGGGAAUUGUAAAGUGACCUAUCAAGCCCAUCAAGAUAAAGUAACCAAAAUUAAGGCCCUGGAUACCUGCAAAAUUGAAAGGCCUGGAUUUGCCACUCAAAACAAGGUUUUAGGGAUCAGUUCCAAAGCAGUAUCUCUAACCACUUAUAAAAUAGAAGACAGUUUUGUCACAGCAGUUCUGGCAGAAGAGACCUAUGGUUUUGCUCUCAAUUUCCAAAGAAUGGCUACAGGCAAAAUAAUAUCUCGGCAGAAACUGGAGCUAAAGACAACAGCAGCAGGCCCAGGAUUGAUGCCUGGAAAAAAAGUUGAUGCUGUGGUUAAGGCUGUGGAUUCCAAAUACGCACCCAUGCCCCUGAUUGGACAACUCUUCCAGAAAGAAUGCAAGCGGUGUCCUUCUCUCUCUGAGUUCUGGCAAACCAAGAAAAACCAAUUGCAACCUGACAACUUGGGCAAAGCUGACUCCGCCAGAAGCUUCUUAGACCUCAUCCAUCACCUCAGGGCAGCUAAGAAAGAAGAGAUUCUUCAGAUUCUCAAAAAAGAAAAAAAAGAAAUCCUACCUCAACUGGUAGAUGCUGUAACAUCUGCUCAGACCUCCGAUUCUUUGGAUGCCAUACUGGAGUUUUUGAAUUUCAAAAGUGAAAGUGAUGUUAUUCUCCAGGAGAGAUUUCUUUAUGCCUGUGGUUUUGCUUCUCAUCCCAGUGAAGAACUCCUAAAAGCUUUGCUUAAGACAUUCAAGAGCCCCAUUGGAAGUAAUGAUAUCAGAGAAACAGUCAUUAUUGUGACUGGUGCACUUAUCAGAAAAUUGUGUCAGAAUGAAGCCUGCAAAGCCCCAGCAGUGGUUGAAGCCAAGAAACUGAUCCUGGGAGGCCUUGAAAAAACAGACAAAAAGGAAGACAUUAAGAUGUAUUUGUUAGCUCUGAAGAAUGCUCUUCUUCCUGAAGGGAUCCCAUUGCUGCUGAAAUAUGUGGAGUCAGAUGAUGGUCCCAUCAGUCACCUAGCUGCAACAGCUCUUCAGAGAUAUGAUAGUGCUUUCAUCACUAAUGAGGUGAAGAUCGUCAUGAAUAGGAUUUACCACCAAAAUCGGAAAGUCCAUGAAAAGACAGUGCGCACCACUGCAGCCGCUAUCAUCCUGAAGAAUAACCCAUCUUACAUAGAAGUCAAAAACCUCCUGCUUUCUAUUGGAGAGCUCCCCAAAGAAAUGAACAAAUACAUGCUCUCUAUGUUCCAGGACAUUCUCCACUUUCGGUCACCUGCAAGCAAAAUGGUUCGUCGAGUCCUAAAGGAAAUGGUUACACACAAUUAUGAUCGUUUCUCCAAGAGUGGUUCCUCUUCUGCCUACACUGGUUAUGUGGACCGUUCUUCUCAUUCAGCAUCCACUUACAGCCUUGAUAUUCUGUACUCUGGCUCUGGUAUUUUAAGGAGAAGUAAUCUGAACAUCUUUCAGUACUUGGAGGAUACUCAUCUUCAUGCUAGUCAGGUGGUUAUUGAAGCUCAAGGAUUAGAAGCUUUAAUUGCAGCCACCCCUGAUGAGGGUGAGGAGAACCUUGAUUCCUUUGCCGGCAUGUCUGCCAUCCUGUUUGAUGUUCAGCUCAGACCUGUUACUUUUUUCAAUGGAUAUAGUGACUUAAUGGCCAAAGUGCUGUCGGCAUCCGGUGACCCUGUUAGUGUGGUCAAAGGACUUAUCCUUCUGACAGAUUAUUCACAGGUAAUUCAAUUGCAAUCUGGGCUGGAAGCCAAUGUGGAGUUCCAGGGCGGUCUGGCUAUUGAUAUUUCAGGUGCAAUGGAGUUCAGCUUGUGGUACCGUGAGUCUAAAACUAGAGUGAAAAAUCGGGUGGCUGUAGUAGUGACCGGGGACAUCACAGUGGAUGCUACCUUUGUGAAGGCUGGCCAAGAAGCCAGUUUUGAAACAGAAGCAGGACUGGAGUUUAUAUCCACAGUACAGUUUUCGCAGUAUCCCUUCUUAGUCUGCAUGCAAAUGGAUAAACAGGAGGCACCCUUCAGGCGGUACGUGACUAAAUAUGAAAGACUUUCUACGGGCAAAGGCUAUGUUUCCCGAAAAGGAAAAGAAAAGCUAUUCCCAGGAUCUGAAUUCCCUCUUCAUCAAGAGAACUCUGACAUGUGCAAGGUGGUCUUUGCUCCUCAGACCGAGAACUCUUCAAAUGGCUGGUUUUGAAUCUGAUGCCUGAUAGAUUUCACUUGAAUCUGUAUGUCUUUGUGGGAGGCACAGGGUGGCAAGGCCCAGUACCUAUUCACAAAGAGCACAAUGUUUACAUGUUUACGUGUAUUUAAGAUUUUUGUAAAAAGAUAUGGGAGAAAAAUAACUGAGUCAGUCAGUUCUGGUGGUCCCUCAAUGUUAUUUUGGAUCAAAGAACCACAAAAAGGAUGAUACUUUCCACAUCAUUUCUGGUUUUCUAGAACUUUUCCUAAUACUCAUUUGCUCUUGGCCCGCCAUAAGAAGAACUUUACUACAAGCAGAUGUUCUAUUUGUAAAUGCACUUACAAGGUGUCAGUUUUUCAAGCAAUUUUCAAUUAAGAUAACAUAAAACUUUUUCUUAAAGACAUGUUAAAUUCCAACUCUUUUUUUUUUUUUUUUUAAGGAAUUAUCCAAUCAAGAAGGAACAGGCUGCUGUUUUUAUAAGAUUUUUUUGUGGCCUAUUUCACUAAUUAAUAUUUAUCUGUUUGGUUCUUGUUUGUUUUUUUAUUUAAAACAUUAUGGGUACUAGGCAUAUAGAGCUAAAUGAUGAAGUUUUAUGUCUUUGGUUGUCAUCCUUUAUUCCUUUCAUAAAACAAUGGACAGUUUACAUUGUCCUCUUAAAAGGAAAUCCUUUUACAUUAGUCCUUUUGAUUUCAUUGCUUCACUUGAUUUUGUCCACAACAUCCUGCAUCUAUCUGCUUCUUUCCACUCACAUAGAAACCACACUGGUUUAAAAGACCCUUAUUGCCACUUGCCUGUCUUUCAAUAGCUCCCAAUUGGACUCCCGGGUUCUAGUCUUUCCCUUCUCCAAUUGAUCUUCUAUGAACUAUCACAAUAAUUUUACUGAAACUCGGGUCUAAUCAGGAUCAUGUAACUACUUACCUCUCAGAUUGUUAAUGGCUCUCUAGAAUAAAAAGCAGAUAAUUUAGUUUGGCACAUAAUGCCCUUUACCAUCUAACUCUGAAUGUCCAAACUCAGUGUGGAACUUUUCAAACACUUUGUAUUACUCUAUGCACUAUUUUCCAGCCAAAAAGGCUUAUUAUUUUCUCAACUCAGGAUCCCAUCUUCUACCCUAUACCUUUUGCAUGGUCCCCCUUCUUCCCAAGCCUGGAACGCACUCCCUCCUGGCCUUUGCCUCAUCUUGCUAAGGACUCUUAAUUUCCUUCCAGGCUUACCUCAUGUGCCUCCUCCUAUGAGAAACAUUUCCUAAUUUUCUUAUUAGUGCUGUCUCCUUCUUCAGAUUAUCUUGUCUUUGUUUAUAUGUUUAUUUGUAUCCCCCAAUAGUAUGUAAGCAAUUUAAAAGCAGGGCCUAUUUUUUUCAUUUUUUUCUUUAAAUUUCCAGAUCCCAGAAUAGUGCCUUAGGUGUUUAUUAAAUGUUUGUUUAAUCUAAUUAAAUUGACAGCAGUUUGCUGCCACAAGGUGCAGACUAACAAAACUGGUCAGAGAAUUCACUUUCUUAUACAUAUGAACUAUAGACAUCAGAAACUGAAAAAGCUGGAUUGCUGGACAAUGGGACUAGAAAAUGAAUUAUCUGUCUCUAUAAGAAUAAAAAGGAAACAUUAA